AUGUUACUGCUGGCCAUGCAAACCAAGCUCCUGCUCUGGUCAUCCAGAGACCGAACAGCCCUGAGCUCGCUGACGUCCUGCUGCAUGAUCUGGAGAGCUCUGCUGAGCUGGAUGAACAACCAAACCAUGCUGGCUCCUCUCAAACAGCCCAUCGUCUUUGAGAUCGAGGGCUUCGACUUCCCUCCAGGCUCCGGGCCUUUCCUCUUCCUCGUGGCUCUGCUGGUCUACAUGCUGGUGCUGCUGGGGAACGGGGUGGUGGUGUGUGUCAUCGUCCUGGACAGGAAGCUGCACAGACCCAUGUUUGUGAUGAUCUGUCACCUGGUGGUGUGUGAUCUGUUGGGAGCCACGGCGGUGCUGCCUCGCCUCAUGAUGGACUUCCUGACAGGUCAGAAGAAGAUCGUCUACCCGGCAGCCAUCACCCAGGCCUUCUGCAUCCACGUCUACGGCGUGGCCAUGCAGACCAUCCUGGGCGCGAUGGCCUACGACAGGUAUGUGGCUGUGUGCGAGUCUCUCAGGUAUCACACCAUCAUGACAUCAUCACGGAUGCACGUCUGUUGCGCUCUGGCCUGGUUGGUCGCCAUCGUGCUCAUUGGCGUCCUCUUCUCCUUUCACUUAAACGUGCCGCUGUGCAGCCAAACCAUUCAGCAUGUGUACUGCAGCAACCGCGGCAUUCUGAACCUGGCCUGCAUCCCCACCCCAGACAACAACGUCUACGGGCUCUCCAUGACCUGGUCUUUGACCACGGCAGUCUUCGUCAUCAUCGCUUUCUCCUACAUCAAAAUCCUGGCUGCUGCUGUGAAACAAGGCAGAAUGGACAGCAGUGUCCGGAGCAAGGCCUUCCACACCUGCUCGUCCCACCUCGUGGUCUACAUCCUCUAUCAGAUCGCUUCAAUGAUUGUCAUUGUGAGCCUCAGGUUCCCCGCCGCCAAAAACAUGUGGAAGCUCUGCAGCAUUAUGAUCACCAUCUUUCCUCCAGCGGUCAACCCCAUCAUCUAUGGGCUGGUCAGUAAAGAGCUGCGCACCAGCAUCCUCCAGAACCUCUUUGGAUGGGUCAAGAAAAAACGCAUCGGUUUCAGAGCAUCAUAGUUGAGGAUUUAAAAUUGAUUGAGAGGCUUCUGAUGUUACCUGCACCAAAACCUGCUGUUUGUAGCCAAAUUUAAAAAGCCUUUUUUUUCUUUUUUAAGACGUAUAUUUCAGCAGAGCAGCAGGAGCUCAUUAGUAAUUCUCCAUUUGUUUGUUCAAUAGAUCAUGGGUGCAGAAAUCAACUCUGUUCAUUUCCCGUCAAGACUUUUUUACACUCUCUCCUGCUAGAUCAGGGGUCUGCAACCUUCAACACUU